GGGUGCUCUCUGGGAGGGGACAUCUCAUCAGAAAGCUCCCUCAGAGAGCCGUCUAUGUGGUGUAGGACAGUCGGACCAGACACAUUUACUCACACCACUAAGGCGCCGAGGUGUCCUGGACAGCGACUAGACGGCUGGGGAUGCCUGCUUCUUUGAGGGACUUGGAUUGUUGCUAGUAUUCACAGUAGCAUUACCACCUACCAUUUUGUUAAGUAGUGUAGACACCCCAGUCCCCCCAAAAUCCCAUUCUAUAACAUAAUAAGCUCUGUACCGUGCCUUGCAGGCGGGCUGGGACCCUUCCUCACUUUCCCCCUUCGUCGCACUCUUCGACCUCGCCACGAAUGUUCGGCUCCAGGGUUAAAUGCGAGUCCGUUUGUUGAAAGUGCUGGCUAUCCGCCUUUGGUUACACGACUGGGAUCUCGGCUCGUCAUAGGGAAAAGCAGUUGAACAAAUUGGUGCUCAUCCAGUACGCAGAGCAGAGCAGGGUUGGGAGGCUCGCCGCGUCGUCGCCUAGGGUUCUGGCGUUAAGCACAUAGAGGAUGCCACCGUCUUCCACAGGCGAUUCGCCUUUGUCCGCUGGGGCGGCAAGCUCUUCGGGGAGGCCAUUUCCCCUCCCUUCGAGGGAUACUUUCUCAAUCGACGUAUCAUCGCCCCAAUUGAAUGCUGUCAACGGCUCGUCGACGGUCAAGUCACCAACGGGCAUCAAGCCUCAACGUAAUCCAAGCUUCAGUCGGGAAGGCAUUCUAGGCUCAGCGCAGAAAGCACGAAAUCUAUCACAGGCGACUGAGCAAUCAGGCUCCGGGUCUGUGGGGACGAAUGGAUUACAGAAGUCACCAAGUGACGAAGGAUCAAUAAAUCCAUUAAAACGACGCAACACAGACGCCACUGUUGACUAUCCUCGUAGAAGGGCAACGAUCGCGUGUGAAGUAUGUCGCUCUCGCAAGUCGCGGUGCGAUGGCACGAAACCGAAAUGCAAGCUCUGUACUGAGCUCGGUGCAGAAUGUAUCUAUCGCGAGCCAGGCAUCAAGCUUGACGCCGGGGAUAAGCUCAUUUUGGAAAGGUUGAACCGUAUAGAGAGCCUUCUUCAAAUCAGCUUAGUGAACAACCACCCGAACGCGAUGCAGAUUUCUCAUGACUCGCCACCCAUGAGUAACGGUACAGCUCUAAGUGGCGACAAUGUCAUCCUGCCUAGCUCAGCGGGAAACUUUGUCUCUAUCAUCCCAAGCGGUGGAUUGGGGACUUGGACGAGCCAUACGCCCGGAACGAACAUAUCCACGAUGCCCAAAGUCCACACGAGCGCAGCCCUGCAUCUGUUACAAUGGCCCUUGAUACGAGACCUGGUCCAGCGGCCCUAUGACCCCCAGAUUAUUCUGCAGCUGGAGUUAGCGAGAGAGCCUCUCCAUUCCCUAGCGAAGACUCCUUGCGUCGACUUAUCGAACACAAAUGCUUACAUUGAGGCAUACUUUGAGAGGGUGAAUGUCUGGUACGCCUGCGUCAACCCAUACACAUGGAGGAGUCAUUAUCGCACUGCCCUGUCUACUGGUUUUCGGGAGGGUCCGGAAAGCUGCAUCGUGUUACUAGUUCUCGCUCUCGGGCAGGCUAGCUUGCGCGGCAGUAUCUCUAGGGUCGUACCGCAAGAAGAUCCGCCUGGUCUACAGUAUUUCACAGCUGCAUGGUCACUUCUACCUGGCAUGAUGACUGCCAACAGCGUUUUGGCCGCUCAAUGUCACCUCCUCGCUGCGGCGUAUCUGUUCUACUUAGUGCGGCCACUUGAAGCCUGGAAUUUGCUAUGCACGACAAGCAGCAAACUGCAGCUGUUGCUAAUGGCUCCUACACGAGUCCCAGAUGAUCAGAGGGAAUUGCUAGAGAGAAUCUACUGGAACGCGCUGCUCUUUGAGAGUGACCUACUAGCUGAAUUAGAUCUCCCACACUCGGGCGUUGUCCAGUUUGAAGAAAAUGUUGGCCUACCAGGAGGCUUUCAGGGAGAAGAGUCGGAGGCUGUUGGUCGGGAUGACUUAUGGUACUUUCUCGCCGAGAUUGCUCUCAGGAGGCUUCUCAACCGCGUCAGCCAACUCAUUUAUUCGAAAGAUUCCAUGGCUUCUACAACCAGUCUCGAGCCCGUCGUUGCCGAGCUCGACUUCCAACUGACACAAUGGUACGAGAGUCUACCGCUUCCCUUACAAUUUCCAUUCACCCGGACUACUUUGCCCGAUCCCGUUCAAACUGUGUUACGGCUGCGAUUCCUCGCUUGCCGCACUAUUAUCUAUCGUCCAUAUAUUUUAGCAGUCUUAGACAACGAACAAGCUGUCCUGGACCCUUCAGUACGAGAAAGCUGUCACAAAUGCCUUGAAGCAUCUAUACGGCAGUUGGAGCACAUAUCUGCACAUCAUGCCGGACACAUGCCGUACCUUUGGCAGGGCGCGCUUUCUAUCGUAUCACAGACACUGCUAGUCAUGGGGGCAACUAUGUCACCAUCAUUAUCCAGCAUCCUCUUGACCCUAGUGCCACAUAGGGAGGCUCUAGAUCAGAUCAUCAACGACGUAAUUAUGGACAUCGAGAGGAUGGCAGUCUUGGCACCCAGCCUCAGCUUAGCCGCUGAAAUAAUCAAAGAGGCCGAAGUACGUCGACGUACAUUUCUCAACAGCUGAUGAGCCAGUUGAGCUAGAUACGACCUCUCGCCAAGCUCGCCAACUAUCACUAUCUACUCUCUCCGCCCGUCCGUAGAUUGUGGAUCGAAUGGACACCCAGCCAUCGGAUGCCUGGCUCCCCGUCUUCAAGCAUGGCCGGUAUUCACCUACACUGGCAUCUCUCUACGGGGUGAUGUCAAACCCUCGCGCUCGGCAUCGUUUAUUUCCUAGCUUGUCUGUCUUGGCUCGCCUGCAGGAGACUGCAGCACUCAUUACCCAUGGAUAUUCUCGGAACAUCCAGGGUCUUGUCUUUCAAGCGAAGAGUUCACCCAGAUAGACGUAUCUGCGAUGCUACGCUCAAUCGUGUGGGCGACACGCGCGGGUCUCUUCGUCAUUCCUACGCCUUCUCAGCCUUACCAUUUACACGUUAGCACGCAGUGAACGUCCCAAGCCGGCUUCUACAGACUUGCUAGAUGCCUACGGUCGCUCCGUUUUAGUAUAUGACUACGGCCAAGAGUAGCAGCACAUUCCGAGCGGCCAGCAGCCUUCGC